GCUGCGGUUAGCAUCGUCAACGCUUCAGGUAGCACGCGUUAUAUUAAGAUUGACAGGUAGGUGGAGCUUAUCUCCGUGGUGUCGCGUGUGGAGGGUUGAUUGACAUGUUAUGGUUGUAUGGUCACAUAUAUCGCACCUGAGUUUAUAAUAUCGACUUAUUUCGUCAGGGUCAUAUUCGAACGAACUGUAUGAGGAGCUAUAAUAACGCACACUUUUGGCACACGACUGUCGCGCGAAAUUAUACGUACAUACUUAUACAGACAUUUGCAUAUUUUUAAUUUUCAAUGAUUAGAUUUUUAUAAUUACAAAAUAUUGUAUAACAGAAGAAUGGCAGCAACAACUCUAGGAUUUAUUCCCCUGCAGCUGAUUCCGACGAAUGCUAUCGGGCAGUACAAUUUCGAUAAGGGAUUUCCAGCAAACGGGACUUACGUGGUUGUGAAAACGCCUACAGUAGCGCAACAGCUUCAGCUCACGAAAUCUCUCAAAGAGAUGCAGAAUGGAGGAAAAGAAAUCAACAAUAAUGAAAACGCAAACAAGCCUGUUCUUUUGCGAUGCAAACGUCGGGUGGAUUUUACCGGACUUGGCUGCAAACUUGUAGACUCCCAAACUCCAUCUGUUUCCAGACGAAAUGAGCGGGAACGGAAGCGCGUGAAAAUGGUCAACAUGGGGUUUGAGACGCUAAGACAGCAUGUUCCUGUAGGACGAAAAAAUAAAAAGAUGAGUAAAGUUGAGACACUGAGAUCGGCCGUGCAGUAUAUAAAACAGCUACAAGAUUUGCUUGAUUCUGACACUAAUACCGCAGAUAAUCGUUUGCUGGACAAUGUAGAUAUGGACGAACUUGAGAACAAGGUCACAGAAAUGAUUCAGAGUGCAAAUGAAAGUAACAACAAUAUGAACUUGGAGAAUGGUAUAGAAUUAAGUAACAGUGUAAGCCAGGAAAAUAUGAGUGUAUCACAAAAUCUUGGAAAUCGCUUGCAGCAGACUACACAGAAUUAUUAUUCAGAACAAAAUUCCCGCACUCCAGAGUGUUCUCCAGAACUUCCACACUCUCCAAACCACACACAAGAACACUUUUUCCAGAACUAUCAGAAUUGUCAACCAGUUUAUACGACGCAAUAUGACAACGUUUCUUCAUCGUCGGCGUCGGGAUCAGUGAUGUCGUAUUCACAGGCGUCUCCCGCCGGCUCUCUUCAUUCUCCAACAUCCAGCGUCGUGUCAGAUUCAAGUUACGAUUCUGUGGGUCACGAAGAAGACGAUAUACUUUCUUUCUCUAACUGGUUUUGAGGCAUACUACAACAGCACAAAGAUUCUGCAAAUCUUUGAAUAUGCACUGCUUUGUAAUGACAGAGUCGCUUAAUUGUGGAUUACGGACAUACCGUGACGAAACGACUAAUACGGUUUCAACAUGAGGCGUGAGCCGUAAAAAACUGAAGAACUCCGAAUGAGUGAUUGCAUCGGGUUGCGUUGGUAACCCCAGUCAUAAUGCAGCACAGUAAUGCAGGACACAUUGCUGAAGAACACUGUCGGUAACCAAGGCAACGGACAACCAGCUACAAAAUACUGCCUUAUUUUAAUGCAUUUAGCAUUAUUUAGUUUAAAAAUAGAAAGUAUUUAUUCGUUUAUCAUUGCAAUUGACAAUUGUACAAAACAGGGACAGUGCCUUAAAUGUACUUGUAUUUAGUUGAAUGUACAGAUUUUAUUAAGUAUAAAAUAUUUAUUCAUAGAUUAGAAAGAGUUGACUUGUGAAAUUCGGCGAUUUAAUUUGUUUGAACUUCUGCUAAAUAGAUUUAAGCGGAUGGGUUGCUCAGUAGGUCAAUGUGUUCAUAGAGGUCAUGGGCUCAAGUCCUGCUUAAAAGACCAGGGCUAGUUUCCCCCAGGCAUUAAACUCUGUUGAAACGGCUCAAUCUAGUUUGAUUUAAACAAGGUAGAUGUUAGCAAAUCUUUCAGUGAAGGCAUAGCUUUAGUGGUGCAUUUAGUAUACAUGAAUUAUGAUCAUUACAUCUGAACAAAACUUACUUGAACAAACUUGUGCAAUUAUUUUUGUCAUUCCCAUAUGUGUUCAUUUUUUGUUUUAUUAGUGUAUGCAUUUUUUACACUAUUAAAUCCGCUCAAUGGAGAGGAACAAGAAUUGUUUUACCACACUUUACAUGUGAAAAAUGUGUUCAGUAGAAUUCAGUAAUAUUCUAACUUGCCUUUUAUUCCAGUUAUAUAGUCUAUUUUUCAAUGCUAUUGUUCACGCAAUAAUGUUGAAACAAGAAUUUUUUAGAAGUACAAAACUUGAUCAGAUCAGUUUUUGCUGCAGAAAAAUUUGUUAAACAAUCUAUCAAUAUAGGUAAUUAGAUAAUUCAUUAGUGUGUAAGUGUCAUAAAUAAAAUACUUCAUCAUUUAUUAAAUCGUGUCAACUUUAUUAAACAUUUCUGUUAAGUAAACGUUUUUGAACAGUACUUUAAUACAGACGCUUGUUUUCAAAUUGUUAUUUUUAAUUGUUGAUAAAGGUAAUAUGGGUAUUUUCUUCACAGAUAUAUGCAAGAGAUGGUUGUUAUCAAGUUAUAUAGUGCUUCCAUGCGUUGAUGUGUAAAUAUUUUUAUUCUAUUUUUAUGAACUUUACAUAAAUCUAUAUAUGAUUGUACAAAAUUGAUACUUGUAUAGUUUUAUAUAUAACGUGUUCAGAUGACUUUAACUUGUGUUUUAUAACAUGAUGUCUCAAUAUGAGAUGAAAUAAAAUGAAAAUCAAA